GGUGGCGGCCUGGGCGUGAAGGGAGCGGAGCGCGGGCGGCGGCCCCGGCGGCGGCCGCUGAGCCCCGGCCACGCUGGCUCCCGGGGAUCCUCCCGAGAUGCCGGUGCGCAGCGAGCGGUGCCGCGCGGGCGGAGCCGCGGGUUCGGCCUCCUCGGCUCCCUCCGGGGCGGCCGCCAGCAGCUUGGUGCCGCCGCCUCCCAUCAACACGGCGCAGCCCGGCGUGGCCACCUCGCUGCUGUACAGUGGCGCCAAGUUCCGCGGGCAGCAGCGCAGCAAGGGCAACGCCUACGAAGUGGAGGUCGUCAUGCAGCAUGUGGACAUGGAAAACUCCUAUCUCUGUGGAUACUUGAAGAUUAAAGGCCUUACAGAGGAGUACCCAACCCUAACUACUUUCUUUGAAGGGGAAAUAAUCAGUAAAAAGCACCCUUUCUUAACACGCAAGUGGGAUGCUGAUGAAGAUGUGGAUCGUAAACACUGGGGGAAAUUCCAAGCUUUCUACCAGUAUGCAAAAACAUUUAACUCUGAUGACUUUGAUUAUGAGGAUCUGAAAAACGGGGACUAUGUCUUCAUGAGAUGGAAGGAACAGUUCCUAGUGCCAGACCACACUAUCAAAGACAUCAGCGGUGCUUCCUUUGCUGGUUUCUAUUACAUCUGCUUCCAGAAGUCAGCAGCGUCUAUAGAAGGCUAUUACUACCAUAGGAGUUCAGAAUGGUAUCAGUCAUUGAAUUUAACUCAUGUUCCUGAGCACAGCGCUCCUAUCUAUGAAUUCCGAUGACAGCUGUCCAGAACUGAUACCGCACAGAAGCAAACGGGGCAGGAGAGCAUGGCCUGCCAGGAGGACUGUGUCCCUGCCGGAGCACGGAAGGCACGCUUCUCUCCUGCCCCUCGGACUCGCAAGAGAGAGAGCCUGAAUGUUAACCCACCAGCCCAAGGAGCAUGGCUGCUGGAGCUUAAUUCUCCCUCCUGUCGAGUGGCGAUUUGAUCUUUAAUCUGGUUUUAAGAUACCUUUAAAUGCACUUUCUUAUUGCACAGCUAGUUUCUCUGUCACUGAAACUCCUCCUGGCUCUCCUUCUGGAAGCUGUUUCUCAGUAGCUGGAAUCGGUCUAUUCUCUGAGUAAUAAGAAAACAUAAGCUUGGUGCUUGUAUUCUCCUUGUUACAGCCUGAUAUGGGUUGAAAUCGCCAGGAUUCAGGUUUCUUACCCAGAUUGCCAGCUCUGAUGCUCCCAGAGCCAGGCACGGCCGCGUGUGUGAGGCUCUGCUUGGCAGGCAGCUGCUCGGCUGCAGUCUGUCAAGGGAGUGUUGGCUGAGAUGGAUGAGGGUUGAACGAGUCUUUGCUUCCUGCUGGCUAAUGAGGUUAGCCAGAGCUGCACAUCUUUCAGGAACACCGGCCCCUUGGAGCCGAGAGCUGUUCCAGUGUCUGGAAUUGCCACUGGGAAUUAGUUUGAUGUAUGGACUUCCGGGCUGUCAGUAAAGUGGUUCUGAACUCUGCUUAUAGGUGUAUAAUUUGCUCUUUAAUUAAGUUAAGGGUUUAAAGAAAAACAAACAAACAAACAAACUUUUAUUAAAAAAAAAAAAAAGAAAAUAUUUUUAUGGUUCCUUUUCCCAAGGACCCUAUGGCAAAUGCACAAUUACUCAGUUACGUUUUACCGUUUUCACAUUGAAAACCAGGAAUGUCUAUGUUAGUUUUUAUAUUCGUGUAUGUAUUCAGCUAGCUUCUGCUUUGGGACAGUAAUUGGAGUGCAAGCGUUGAGCAGCACCACGCAAACAGCUUGAACUGUUCAGCAUUUGUACUCAACCCUCAUGCUGCACCAACACCACUGCUUGAUACCUUUAUGCAAGGCAAAAAAAAAAAAGAAAACAAAAAAUCCCAAUUCAAUA